AUGUCGACAAUAACCCCCGAUGCGCUUCAAUCGGGACAGCCUCCCGUUAUUCCCUUGUCCUUCAACGGUAACCAGCCCGAAAAGGUGACGCUCUACCCACUGUCCAACUACACGUUUGGUGUCAAAGAGACCCAACCCGAGGAGGACCCCUCCGUAAUCGCUCGUCUGAAGCGACUUGAAGAGCAUUAUACGGAACAUGGCAUGCGACGCACUUGCGAAGGCAUUCUUGUUUGUCAUGAACACAACCAUCCACAUAUUCUGAUGCUGCAAAUUGCCAACGCCUUCUUCAAACUCCCCGGUGACUACUUGCGCCCUGAAGACGACGAGAUCCAAGGUUUCAAGUCGCGACUUGAUGAGCGAUUGGCACCUGUCGGCCGUCUGGGAGAGGGUGAGGAGGCUGGCGACUGGCAAGUUGGCGACUGCUUGGCCCAGUGGUGGAGGCCCAACUUCGAAACCUUCAUGUAUCCAUUCAUCCCGGCGCAUGUAACAAGACCCAAGGAGUGCAAGAAGCUAUACUUCAUUCAACUGCCCAAACAAAAGGUUUUGAGCGUUCCCAAGAACAUGAAACUUCUCGCCGUCCCCCUCUUUGAGCUCUACGACAACACUGCACGAUACGGCCCACAGCUUUCUGCGAUUCCUCAUCUGCUAAGCCGAUACAACUUCGAGUUUGUGGACGAGAAUGGCAAUGUCGUAGCUGCGACGCCGGGAUCUGCCGCACCGGAGGGUUAUGUUCCACACACCAAGGUCCUAGCAGGCGACGACACGGACAUGAAGGAGGAAAACGGAACGAGCUGA